UCCUAUAAUCAUACAUCUUUUAUUUUGGAGACCGCUAAUUUUGAAGUCCCAAGUUGCCAUUUUAAUGCAACUUUGCUUUUCCAAGUGAAAUACUGAAUCCUAUAUGAAUGGCCCCAUAAGUUUAACCUGAAGCAUCCAAAAAUUAGCACCAUGGAGUAUCUUUCUCUGCUGUUAAGUGCUAUGGUCAUCAUGCUUGCCUUUUUAACACCAUUAAUCUCUUUCUUUCUGAUAUCAAGAAAGGCAACAAACAAGAGAGUACCACCAAAAGCUGCUAGAUCAUGGCCUGUAAUUGGCCAUCUCCCCCUCCUAGCAGGGUCAUUUCCACCUCACAUAACCUUGGGGAAUUUGGCUGACCACUAUGGGCCAAUAUUCACCAUCAAACUUGGUGUGCAUCCCACAUUGGUCGUAAGCAAUCUCGAGAUGGCUAUGGAGUGCCUUACUACCAAUGACAAAGCUUUUGCCAGUCGUCCUAAAUCUCUUGCUACGGAAAUCCUGGGCUACGAUUGUUCUAUGUUUGGCUUCGCUCCAUAUGGAGAGUAUUGGCGCCAAAUGCGCAAGAUAGCCACGGUUGAGCUUCUCUCCAAUCAUCGGCUUGAGAAGCUAAAACAUGUGAGAGAGGCUGAGGUAAAGGCAGCCGUAGAAGGGUUACACAAGCGAUGGAAGGAGAGCAGAAGUAGUUCCAAUGAAUUUGUGGCGGAGAUGAAAAGAUGGUUUUCGGAUGUAACCUUAAAUGUGAUAUUGAAGAUAAUAGUAGGGAAGCGAUAUCUGGAGUACACAGAAAAUGUUGAUGAGGUUGCUCAAGAGAGCUACGGUUGGCGAUGUGCUCUAAGGGAUUUUUUUGAAUUAUCGGGUAAUUUUUUAGCGUCAGACGCAUUGCCAUUUCUAAGAUGGUUGGAUUUGGGUGGAGUUGAGAGGGCAAUGAAGAAGACCGCAAAAGAGCUUGACGAUUUAAUGCAAGGAUGGUUAGAGGAACAUAAGCAGAAGAAAGCUUCCGGCACAGCCAACGCAGAGGAAGAAGAUUUCAUAGAUGUGUUGCUGUCUACUUUAAAUGAUGCAGAAGAUCUUUCCAGAAGAGAUGCCGAUACCAUCAACAAAGCAACGUGUCUGACUCUUAUUUUAGCAGCCUCCGACACAACAACAAUUACUCUGACUUGGACAUUAUCGUUGCUACUCAAUAAUCCUGAUGUCCUAAAGAAAGCCCAAUGCGAAUUAGACAUCCAUGUUGGUAAAGAAAGGCAAGUGAAGGAGUCAGACAUGAAGAAUUUGGUUUACCUCCAAGCCAUCAUAAAGGAAUCGUUUAGGUUGUAUCCUGCUGCCCCAUUGUCAGUGCCGCAUGAAUCCAUAGAAGACUGUACCGUAGGGGGCUACCAUAUUCCAGCGGGCACACGUCUUAUUGUGAACAUUUCAAAAAUUCAUCGAGAUUCACGAGUGUGGUUGAACCCUUCCGAGUUUCAACCUGAGAGAUUUCUUACAACUCACAAAAAUAUAGACGUUAAGGGACAAAAUUUUGAGCUGAUACCAUUUAGCAGUGGAAGAAGAAUGUGUCCCGGUGUCUCUUUUGCUCUCCAAGUUCUGAACUUGACACUUGCUACUUUGCUACAUGCGUUUGAAAUUGAAACUCCAUCAGGCAAACCAGUAGACAUGAGUGAGAGCGCUGGACUAACCAACCUCAAAGCCACCCCCUUAGAAGCUGUUCUUACUCCACGCCUUUCUGCUCACCUGUACUAUUGAAAUUAAAAAAAAAAAUCAUGUAAACUGUUAUGUUCAUCUCAUAUGAAAGAUACUACGUUUA